CUCGCCCGGGGCGGGGCCUUCCGGUGCGCCUGCGCGCUGCGGCGGCCGCGCUUGCGCAGGACGACGGGGAGGCAGCCGGGGUCACCCUGAGCUGCGCACCGCGCCGCGAUGCUGAGCAGGUUCCUGGGCCCGCGCUACCGCGAGCUGGCCAGAAACUGGAUUCCCACAGCAGGCAUGUGGGGCGCCGUGGGCGCCGUGGGGCUGGUGUGGGCCACGGAUUGGCGGCUCAUUCUGGACUGGGUGCCCUACAUCAACGGCAAGUUUAAGAAGGACGAUUAGUGAGACUGACCCUCCUCGGAUCCCUGUGGCGGGGCCGGGGGGAGCUGACCCACAGCUGCUGGCCUGCCCGUGUGCCAGUCUGCAGUCCGCAUGACAGGCUGCAGCGCCUCCUAUGUCCCCAUCUUCCAGAAGGGCCCCCGGGCCUGCGGCAGCCAAGCGGCAUCACCGGAUUUGAUUUUGGAGCCCGACAGUGGCGUCUGUCCCUCAUCACCACUCAGCGCCUCCUUUCCUACAAGAGCAGGAGCCGGGGGCUCACCCUGCCGUCUCCCCUCCAGGUGUCCGCGGUGCCGCCCCCUCCCACGUGAGGUCCUGUGGUGCCUGGAACAGCCCAGCGUGACUCAGGACUCUGUGUUUCUGACAGCAGCUUUCAUGUUUGAAUGCACACAGCAUUAAACCGUGCUCUGAAACCCGC